GCCGAGUGGAAGCGCUGUAGUGGCACGCGUAGUACGGCGACAGUGAGUGCUCCGGUACACGUGAGUGUGCUACUGUGUUCGUGCGCAGAUUAGGCCCGGCUGCAUUGAGACUCCCGCCGCAUCGUUCUCGGACAAGAUGCGGGCCGCACGUGUGCCCGAGACGGCCUGCCUCCUGGUCAUCGUCCUCCUGGCCGCUGUGUUCUUCCUCGUGGCAGAAUGUCACGGCACCGAGAGUAGCAGCAGCGUGAGCUCCGACGGCACCUUGCAACCGUGGCACAGCAACGCCUCGUCGCCAGACGGCCGCACGUUCACUAACUCCCAGGUGCUGGCCUUCAACGUGUCCAACUUCGUCGCCGUCAUGUUCAUCAAGGCGCUGCUCGUGGCACUGGGUCUCGCCACGGGAUUCAGCGGAUUCGGCCUCUACACGGCCAGGCGCACCGACCCGCCCGAGUUCGCGCUGCAGUACCGGCCCGGGCCGCCGUCGCAAGCGGUGCACGAGCCUCAGGAUCACGGACACGUGCGGUGGGCGACCACAUACCUGACUUCCCUGAACACAGGCGACUACCGGUGCCUCAAGAGGAUUGCAUGUGAACAGCCUGAAAGGGCCCGUUUCUAUGCCAGUCUAAAGGACACGAUCGUGGCCGCACUCAGGAUGAUGCCAUGGAUGUUCCCUCACAACCCCAACCACGACAAAAUCACAGAGGAAGUGAGGCUGGCUGCACGCAUGGGAACAAGGUACCAUCAACUCUGCCGCAUCAAGUUCCCGUGCAGAAGCCUCCCAUCACAAAGAUGACAUCGAGAGCGUUCCUAACCUUUUUUUUACACAUGCAAUGCAAAUACUCCAAACACAGCUCACAAUGCUUAUACUUCAUAUGCACAUCAUCAUGUAGAUGAUGCAAUCGUUUUAUAAUAGGUUAAUUCUGUCACAACAUCUCACUCACUGCUUGCUUAUAAAAGGAAGCCGUCAAUUUAAAAAGAAGGGUAGAUGCUUAGUGUAGCUCAGUGUAGCUCAGAGCUUUUAGGUUUUACUUUCCUCGCUGCCCUUGUUUUGUGUAGGCGGUAAAAGCCAGGGAAAAAAAAGUUCAAUGAGUCAUGAAAAGCUAAAGGAAGCUUUUCUGUACUGCUAAGAUUACAGUGUCAGCUGCCUGACUGCUAUGUCGCUGCCUCCCGCGCUCAACGAGCAAAUACUAUAAACCUUCCUCUGGAGAAUUUUAGCCAAAUUCUGUGGCGUAAACCGCCGUGUGGCAGUCAGCGGAGAAGACUGCCCCUUAACAUGGCCUUUGAAAUUGAUUGGGUUUAGCACUGACGAAGCAAAAGAGGGCUAUGAGAGAUGCCAUUGUGGAGGGGGGGGUGGCUCUGGACUGACUUUGACCAACCCACAUCCUUCAGCGUGCACUCAAUACAUGGUACGCACGAGCAUUUUUUUGCAUACCGCCAUUACAGUUAAACCUCAAUAUAACAAACUCGGAUAUGACGAACUAAAACUAAUAUCUGUCCUGCCAAUAUAAGCAUGACACGCAUAUGUGCUUAUAACGAAUAUCGGAUAUGACGAACGUAUGUUUGCGUAGGGUGCGACUUUGUUUUGACAAGGCUCGACUGCAUAAUGCAGCUGCCGCAGCCGGGACUCGAACCCACGACCUUACGCUCGGCAGCGGAAUGCCACAGCUGCUGAGGCUAAUCUGGCAACUUAUAGUUAGUAUAAUCUAACUACACAACUUCCGGCAUAGAAGCCAUAUUGCAUUUGAACAUGUUUAGUUGUUUGCCGCAGCAGCACGUGUGACAGAAUCGGCCAAGGCACACGACAAGGCAACGCGGAAGGCAUUGUGUAUCCACGAAGCUCCAGAGCAAAGUUAAAAAAAAACAUCAACCAGUACAUAAUCUGCUUAUGAGAAUAACGACACUGCAAACAUUCAGCCUGUGUUAAAUUGUUCUAGUCCAUCCAAGAGCAGAACUCCCCGUGCAAAUGGCAUCAAGGGAGCGGCCCUGGAAGUGGCUUUCCCUGCACCUCAUGAAGUCAGCUUGACUGGCGUAAUGCAAUGCCACCCAUAUAUACAGAUAUAUAUACUAUGUUAACGUUAAUACACACCUAAUGAAACAAAUGAGCAUGGUUGUUACAUUUGUGAUCAACAAACCAUUACUUGACAAUGCUUGUGCAUCAAGUACUUUAAGAACAUUCACUGAACAGUAUUGUUAGUACGUGCACCUCUUCAACACCAUUAAUGAUGAACCACAGCUAUGGCAAACAUAUGUGGCUGAAUAGAGAAAUUUAAUGCUGCAAAAGCAGCUUAAACAGACUAUUGCAGGUGAAAUCAGUGUCACAAACGAAUAAAUUCAUUUUCAUCAAGCCAUAGAUUAUGACUCGCAAUAACUGUAAAAUGGGGAACGAAAUGAAAUACAAGAGCAUUUCUUUCUGUGCUUUAGGAAAUGUGUUCAGGCACAAAUGAAAUUUCAAGUCGAAUGUAUAUAUGUGAAUAAAUGUGCACUGUGAAAGAAACUGUCUUAGAUCUCUUCCUUAUGCUGCUGUAAACACAGACUGGCACAGACUGGCAAUGGCACAGUUGGAGUUUUGCAUUUAAAGACAGUUUUAGCCGAGGCCCAUCCCGAUUCCCUUUUUAAAUGUAUGUUCAAUGCAGAAAUGCUACUAUUAGAGAACCACUGAACUUAUAUGAAUGAAGGGUGUUGUGCAUAAAAGAGAAAAGCACAAUUACUGACUGGCAGGAGUGGAUUUUUUAUUUGCAUUCUUAAGUAUCUAGUCAAAAUACCGUAGCUGAACAUGAAAGACUUAGAAAAAUAAAAAUUUAACCUCCGAAGUCCCAAUGUCAAUAAUUUCACAAUGGAAACAGCCAUUGCAGUCCUGUGAACAGCAGUCAAGACCACCAAAUAUAAUGUGUCAGUUUACAAUUUAUUUUAAAUGGUUAUUCUGUACACAUGUAUCCUGUUAAGGCCCCAAUAGUAUUGGACAUGAGCAGUCAUUGUAUCAUCACAGCUGCGCUUCAGUUAUGUGCAGUGCCUACACAAGCAAUGCUCUCAGUAAACAAUUGUUUCUUCCUGUUCUGGCCAAAAUGCUAUGAGCAUCAUGUUUGUUGUAACAUGGCAUCAGAAGCGGGAUAUAGACACCAUGUCACCGGGAAGAACCAAUUGCAUGUCGAGAGCAGUCCUUAGGUACUCGGGAGACAGCAUGCCAUCAGUACUGCACAUGACUGAUGCGCAGCUGUGCCAAUACGAUGACUAGAUGUGUGCAAUACACUAUUCACAAACUGUUGCUUUAUGCCACUCCCCAAUGUGAUACACAAUUUUGUCUGCUUUAGACAUCCUAAUUAUUAUGAUCAUUAAUUAAGAUGUAAUUUAGAGAAAUGAAAUAUGUAUCUUUUCAUUGUGGGGUUGCCCAGAGUGCAUUCUUAAAUGUAACGCUUCCAAUUUUUUUUUAAAUACCCAAUUAAAAAAAAAAUUGUCAAGAACCUGAGCACCUGAAUAAAAAAUGUGCUCCCAGCAGUCUAUCUGACCUUAUCUUUCAGAUUCAACAAAUUUGUUCAAAUUUGCUCAGCAGUUACCUAAUAAAAGUGUUUCUGCAUUUGACAUGUUCUUGAAAAGGAGCGGUAAGAGCUAAGAUAUCAUCCUGAUGAAGUGUGUUAAAUGUGUGGCAAAGAUAGAAACGCAGUCACGCUUAUUCAAAGCUUGGCAAUUUACAAUCUUUAGAUACGCAAAGUACACCACAGGUUUUCAGAAAUAAACGAAUACCACAAUAUGUAUUUAAUACAGUUUUCUCUCACUAGAUAGUUCAUGUCAACAUGUAGCAGCAUGCACUAAAUUAUACUGCCACAAUCCAAACAGUACAUAAAAGAGCAUUUGAAGCGACGUCUACCUAUUUGUAUGGCACUGGAUACAUGCAAACGAGCUUUAAAUGUAGGCUUCAACAAAACAAAUGACACAGAACAGGCCCCAACACUGGGAAGUCAACAAAGUACCCGUAGAUAAUAACAAAAUACUACAAGGCAGCUAAUUCGUAUCGCCUACAAAUGCAGCAUCCUACAUACUUGAAAAGCAGCUACAGUCAAACCGCAAUAUAACGAAGUUGUACUUGCAAUGAAAACCUUUGUUAAAAUACAAAUUUCAUUAAUUUGAGGUUUUUAAAAGCUUCAGCAGUAAAAACAACUUCACAAAUUCCCAGAGCGCAUCUAGUUGACAGUACUGUGUCACUAAACACUUAUAAACAAAUCGCAAGAAGGUCAGGCCAUAAUAGUAUGGCUGUGAGCGCCAGCAUGCGCGGUGAAGAUCGCGCCGAGAGCAAUGCAUCUACGACGCUCGCAGCGUUCGAAAUUUGCGUGUGUUGCGUCGCGUGGCGCCAUAAAUCUUCAAUGCCACGGCUGAACGCGCUUAGUGACCCGCAGCUGCCAUGAGAUGGUGCUCACAAAUUAAAAACAGAAGUGUAAAAAAAGAUAAGAACAUUCGUCCCGAACAAAAAGGAAUAAAAAACGCCACAGUUUUGCCAGAAAGCUAGGCUGAGCACUGAUAGCGAUAGCAAAGAGACAACUACACGAAGUAAGGUUCGUAAAUUUAUCAAUGUUGCACACCGCUCAGGUAAACAAAGUGGCGUAACAUAUCUCACUCGAUGACCACGAACUCGUUGUCACAACGCGACCAAAUGCUUCGCACGGCAUCUCGAAAAUUUGAGAUUACGCGACCACCAACACUACAAUGCAUGAGCACAAUGCACAUCAAAGCUCCAAGUUCCUCGGCCACAUGGCCCGCGUGUGAGGAAGAGACGCGUGCACUAUGGGGAGAGAGCAAAUAGGCGCACAUUCCUGUGUCCGCACCCCCUCCCCCCCCCCUGCAGCACCAGCUUUCGUGUUUCUCCGAGCACUGUGAGCUGGCAUGCACCCACAUGGCCUCUGCAAGCUGUUUACCAAUGCUACAACUGAUGCAGCGGCAUUUGCUGCUUACAGCAUCUUGAUGCACGCAUUUCGACGGCUUUUUUGCCGCUCAAACUUUUCACGCAGAAGGACACUUGAAAUAACUUUUGCCUCGGCUGACAUUUUUACACUUUUCUUGCUACAUUUACUAGCCAUACAGGGUCCAAAUACAUGCUUGAAAUGGUCGUUAAAUCGGGGGGAAAAUGCACAGUUUUCAAUGGAACUAAGCUCGGGAAAUCAAAGUAGUUCAUCACAUUGCAAAUUUCGUUAUAUUGAGGUUUGACUGAAUAUAAUUUCUUAAUACCUAAAAUUUAUAUAAUAGUAUUGUACACACUACAACACACUACACUCUUAAAUAUGAAACAUAGUCGUAACACGCAUAUAGACAACAUCUGAAUGAUCUGGAUGACGUCGUUAUCCCAGCCGACCUAGAAUUUUGCCCAUGUAGGGCAUCACUAUGACUAAGAGCAUGUGAACAAAAACUAACAUGGAUAACGCUUUAGCAAGCACUUUCUUCGGCCAUUGUGAGAACCAUCUAAGUCCACGAGUGCAAUAAUAACUUUUUGAUUCUAUGUACAGGUUGUCUAUGCAGAGAACUGAGAUUGAGUGAUAGCCUUGGCAAGGCUGCUACCUGAUUCUGUUCCAUGCUACAUAAGCAACAGGCCGCCACAACUUUACAGAAGAACCUAUCUGACAAGGGAGAAUACAUAUUUGCUAAUUCAAAGUAAAGCCAAAAUAGAAAAAGAAAGAUAACGCCAUACACAACUUGCCAUUUCAGAAGUGUUAUGUGCCACAUCUCUUCAUUCUUACUGCAAACAUGGAAUCUGACAAUUCACAGAGAAGUACAUGCGAUUGCGCUAAACAACAGAAUUCAGAUUACGAAGUAUUGCUGCACAGAUCAACAUGUAAUGUAGGGUAAGACUUGAAGAUGUGAAGGCAGCAGUACCUUUAUGUAUCAUGCGAGCACCCAAAUUGGCAUGGAUCAGUGCAAAUAGAGGAAAAGUAGACUCUACCACAGCCUUGCAUGGCUACGCACACCAGAAAAAUAUACGGUGGCAUGCCAUGAUAGAUUGUGCAAAGCCUUUGGCGAGGCUAUCGAGUGAUGCGGUGGCCGACCUGUGCCAGGAAGCAAUUAGAAUGGCUUUGGUCUGACCUAAAGUUAGUUACCCACUACGAUUUUCAGCAUGGGGACACCUAGGAAAGAUGCAUGACAUACUGCAGGACUGUGCGUUUUUAGUGCAUUCUGCCUUUUCUCUAAUGAGCCGACCCAGCAAUACGAGAAGACGGGGUCAAUGCCUGACGUAGAGAUAUAUUGGUCAUACAUUUUUGGCCAUGUUGACCCCACAGAACACGAGUAUGGGGAUGCCAAGGAAAAAAAGAAA